UCAUAGUAUUGCACAGUUACGCAUCUUACAUGGUAGAUCCUUCUCCUAACCUUUGGGUGCACUCACAGUAGCGCGGUCAUCCAUUCGCUCGGCCCCCCUUUCUCGCUCUAGCUGCAUACACCAAGAAUGCCCUUUAUAGAGGUGGAACCACCAAGCCCUCUCAGGUACAUCAUCGGAGCUGCGAUCAUGAUGGUCGGAGUCGUUUUGCCCGUCGGUUACAUGAUGUUCCGUAACAAGCGUGUUCCCUCCUCUUCCUCGUACUCCAAACAGACGUAGGAACAAAGUUUUGAUAUAGAGGCAUUGUGAAGGCAUAGCUUUAGAUUUGAAUUUUAGGUCCUUAUUGUGGUGAUGAUGAAGAAGAAGAGUAAAACGAAGGCCUUGACAGAUCUGCACAGUGUGAAUAUAGAUGUAUUGAACUUCAGGUUCUGGCUUAUGGGUUGUUCUGGUAUUCUGGUUCAAAUCUAUAAAAGAAUAUUCUUGUUGUGAUAUUCAAAUUUUCUUCUUUGUUUUCUGUUCAGGAGUUAUAAUGAUGUUUAUUAUGCACUUAUUUUUGCUUUAAUAAAAUUCGUAUCUCUAUUUGUGUCA